AUGAGAGACUAUAAAUUAGUGGUACUUGGUGCAGGUGGUGUUGGUAAAUCCUGUUUAACUGUUCAAUUUGUUCAAGGUGUCUAUUUAGAUACGUAUGAUCCUACUAUCGAGGAUUCGUACCGUAAGACUAUUGAGAUCGAUGGCAAAGUGUUUGACCUAGAGAUUCUUGAUACUGCUGGUGUUGCACAAUUCACAGCAAUGCGUGAAUUAUAUAUUAAAUCAGGAAUGGGAUUUUUAUUAGUUUAUUCAGUGACUGAUAAACAGUCACUAGAUGAAUUGAUGGAAUUAAGAGAACAGGUAUUAAGGAUCAAGGACGCAUCGAGAGUCCCUAUGGUCCUUGUGGGUAACAAAGCAGAUUUGACUGAUGAUAGAGUCAUUAGUGUUGAAGAAGGUAUUGCUGUGAGUACGAAAUGGGGCAGAGUACCAUUUUAUGAAACAAGUGCAUUAUUAAGAAGCAAUGUCGAUGAGGUGUUUGUUGAUUUAGUGAGACAAAUUAUACGAAAUGAAAUGGAAAAUGUUUCGAAACAAGAGUCACGUAAAGCAAGUAUAUCGAGAUUACCUUCACAACAACAACAACAACAACAACAACAACAGCAGUUGAAUGCAAGAAAUAAUGAUCCAAACGAUAAAAAAGCAAUGAAGAGGGAUCGUGAUGUUAGUACUAUGGGUAAUCAACAAAAUACUGGAACCACAAAUAAGACACAAACGACUAAUGGAACAAACACUAAGAGUACAAAUAAGAAACCAAUCAAGAGUAAUUCUACAACAGCGACCCAACAACGUACAACAAUUCCUAAACCUAAGGCCAAGAAGAAAAAGAAGAAGAAUGCCUGUGUUAUCUUAUAA